AUGGUACUACCUCCCCUUCAUUACUUCACUGCGCGGCUUGCAAAUUCCGCUUCCAUGGACGGCAGCUACCUCGUCUUGCCCUCCCCGCUCAGCAGCCUCUCGUUCCUUUACCCCUCCAACUUGCAAGCAAAAAUGAGAUACAGUAUCCUCCUUCUCGCCGCCGCGUCCAUGGGUUGCGCCUUGCCGCAAGCCUCGACCGCUGACCAGGCGCUCCCCUUCAAGCCCGCGCCGCUCGGCUCGGGCCGCAGCUGCCCGGGCCGCACCGGCGGCUACGACGAAGCCGACUGCGGCACCAAGCGCUACUGCAAGGCCAUCGAGGCCUUUGGCAGCGACUCGGACAAGUUCAAGACCAAGCCCGCGUGGAACUCGACCGCCGAGUGCUUCAAGGCGCACCAGCCGGAGCCCAAGCAGGAGCUCAUCCCUUUCGACACGGGCCGGUCGUUCGAUGCCGACUGCAGGAACCGCGGCUUGACCGAGGCCUCGUGCGGCACCAAAACCUACUGCGCCGAGAUUGACGCCAUCGAAGAGUUUUACGGACUCCACGGCGAGGACACUGAGCAGACCGAGGACGUCCGGUACGAGAGCACCGAGGAGUGUCUCAAGGCUCACGUCCCCGAGCCCAAGAACCUGCCCUGGCUGGAGGGCGACUCGGAAAAUUUCUGCGGCUCUCGUGGAGACGAGUCUGAGGAGAAUUGCGGUACUCAAAGCUACUGCGAAAAAUUCAAGGGAGACACGCGCAAGGUUUUUGGCUCGCCCUACAUUUGGAGCGAGGAGGAGUGCUUCGCUGCUCACCAGAAGAACCCGAGUUCCAUCACCUUCCCGGACAAUUAG